UUUUAAUUCAAUCAGCCCAUUUUAUUUUAUUUUUAUUUUUAUUCUCCAUCGCAUUGUCCGACUUUGAGCUACUGCCUAAUCUUUUUUGCCAGUUGCCUGGCACUUGGCAGCCACCCGGCCGUUUGGAGCGCUACUCAGGAGAAUCGGCCAGGCAGCGGGGCUCCCCCUGUCUCGAGCCCCGGGCCAACAGUCUCGCCUCGUCAUCUUUGUCCACCUCUGCUGCAAGUAGCUCAGACCAUCACCUUUGCAACUCUAGCAUCAAUUAGCAUCCCUCAAGACGCUCUAAUCCCCAGCACUCAAUCUCAUCGCACCCUCACCAAUCGGGCCCCUCAGAACAACGGUCAUCGUCCAGCACCUGCCACGUCACUGCCAUCGAGGCUCUGUCAUCAACAUGGCCGCCAAUAGCCACAUGCACAACCUAACAACGCUGAUCAAGCGACUGGAAGCAGCUACCUCCCGACUCGAAGAUAUCGCGACAUCUACAGAACCGGCGGAAGACGGCGCCGCGCGUGCCCAUCCCGAUGCAUCCCCCGCCGGAGUUGUCUCAGCAGCGGGAGCUCCAGCUCCCAAGGCAGCACCUGUCCCGGAACCUGAGGAGCUUCCCGAGGCUAUCGAAGACUUCGACACAUUCCUCAAUGGUCCUGUUACCAAGUUUGUAUCGCUCAGCAAGGAACUCGGCGGCUUAGUAGCAAAACAGGCCGAACUUGUAUUCAGCGGAUUCAAGGAACAGCGAAAGUUCCUAUUUAUUACCACCAAAGCCGCUAAGCCGGAUCUCUCCGGUGCCGAGAUGGCAGUUUACCAAGAUUUGCUCAAACCCAUUAACGAGUCUCUAAUGGCCGUCACAGACAUAAAGGAAUCCAACCGAGGAGAUCCCAUGUAUACUCAGCUUAGCGCUGUCGGUGACGGCAUUAUGGUUCUUGCUUGGGUUACUGUCGCCCACCGACCCUUUACUCACGUCGAGGAAUUCUUGAGCUCUGCUCAGUUCUUCGGCAACCGAGUUAUCAAGGAAUACAAGGAUAAGGACCCUAAGCAGGUCGAAUGGAUUCAAUCAUUCUACGCCAUCUUCAAGGACCUGCGCGAUCUUGUGAAGCAGCAUUAUCCCAACGGUAUACAAUGGAACCCUAAAGGAGACUCAGCCAGUGCAGUGGCCAAGGCGUUGGCUGCAUCUUCUACUAACGCACCUCCCGCUGCUCCUGCUGCCGGAGGUCCUCCUCCACCCCCUCCUCCUCCUCCUGGUCCUCCCCCGGUGCUGGAUAUCAAGACAGAGAGUGCUCCUGCGGCUGCUCCUUCAGCCGCUGGCGGACUUGGUGCAGUCUUUUCAGAACUCAACAAGGGAGAAUCUGUUACGAAGGGUCUACGCAAGGUCGACAAGUCUGAAAUGACUCACAAGAACCCUUCACUGCGAGCAGCAGCGACCGUUUCUGACUCCGCACGACCAAAAAGUCCUGCCCCUGGCAAGAAACCCAAGCCAGAGAGUAUGAGAGUUAAGAAACCCUCCAAGAAAGAGCUUGAAGGAAACAAGUGGACAAUCGUAGGUUUCCUCGAGGUUUAGAUUGUACUUACCACUAAUGAGAAACUAGGAAAACUUUGAGAAGGAAGCCGUACCAAUUGAGAUCGAAGCCUCUUUGUCUCAUUCUAUUCUCAUCAGCCGCUGCAACAACACUACGAUCAUCGUCAAGGGCAAGGCCAACCAAGUCACUAUCGAAAACUCGUCUCGACUGUCGCUAGUUGUGGAUUCUCUGGUCUCAACGGUUGAUGUAGUAAAGGCACAGAACUUUGCCUUGCAAGUCAUGGGCACCAUUCCAACCGUCAUGAUGGACCAGGUUGACGGUGCGCAAAUCUACUUCAGCAAGGAGAGCACUACCACCAAGAUAUUCCACAGCAAAUCUGAUGGCAUCAACCUCAACGUCAUCUCUGGCCCUGAUGAGGACUACAAGGAGGUCCCCUUGCCGUCGCAGAUGUGCUCAUACUACGACCCUGACAAGAAUGAUCUUGUCAACGAGAUUGUUGCUCACGCUGGUUGAUUGUCUUUUGGGGUAUGGUUCCAGUUUUUUGUAUAUAGCGCGCCUACAAACUAACACAUUUUGUGCCACAAGCAAGGAUGUACACAUUGCUGGCCGCCUCUGUCGAUCUCUCCUGUCUCCUUGGGGGCCUGGACUUAGAGAGUCACUCUUGCUAGAAACGUA